AUGAACACAAGUAGACCUAAUCCGGCGUACUUUGAAUUGACUCUUUUUAUGGACUAUGGACAUUUACGAUAUCUUUUCUUCGCUUUGUGCUUGUUGAUCUACAUAACGAUAAUCUCUGCUAACAUGGUCAUUAUAAUCACUAUUAUGUUAGAAAGAUCUUUGCACCAGCCAAUGUUUAUCUUUAUCUGCUGUUUAUCUGUGAACUCUCUGUACGGUUCUACUGGAUUCUUCCCCAGGUUUUUGACUGAUCUUUUGUCCGAUUCUCAUUUCAUCUCACGACCGUCAUGUUUCAUUCAAAUGUAUGUAAUUUACACCUACGCUUCGUGCGAGUUCACUAUUUUAGGUAUCAUGGCCUACGAUAGGUUUGUUGCUAUUUGCCAACCUUUGCACUAUCGGAGCAAAAUGACCAUUCAAAAGGCGUUAUGUCUAUGGGCUGCUGGUAUUAUCUAUCCAGCCAUUUUCUGUGGAUUAUGCCUCUAUCUCUCCAUACGUUUACCAUUAUGUGGCUACAAACUACACAGAAUUUUCUGCUCAAAUUGGCCAGUGGUUAAAAUUUCUUGCGUGGACACUAUUUUGAACAAUAUUCUCGGACAGUAUACAACCAUGACCACAAUAUUCAUCCCUUUAUUAUUUGUCCUGUAUUCUUAUCUGCGAAUUUUAAUAGUGUGCAGAACCGGCUCAUUGGAAACAAGAAAAAAAGCACUGCAAACAUGUAUCCCUCAUUUAGUGACAUUUGUGAUGUAUUCUACCUGUCUGUUUUGUGAACUUUCAAUUACUCGAUUUGACAAGGACAAAGUAAAUCCGUAUGUUGUUGCUGUUUUGUCGCUGGAAUAUCUUGUAAUCCCAUCCUUAAAUAACCCUUUUAUAUAUGGACUAAAUCUGCCACAAAUUAGAACGGUCAUUUUUAGACGUUUUAAUAUAAGACCCAAAAAGCAACUUCAAAUUAAAAUGUGGCAAAAAAUCUGA